GCAGUCGGAGGAGCGCGCACACACUGAGGAGAGCGCGCACACACGGAGCGCUUUUUUCUUUAUCACAGCCGGUGCGCACCGACAAACACGCACUCCGGUCAGUAGUCCGGUCCGAGACAGAUUGCUCCUGCUUUCACUCAGUGGUUUACUUAUCUCAUUCCUGUCUAUCUCUCUUUAUUUCAUGCGCUCUCUCUCUGUCUUUUUUUUCUCACGCUUUCUUUGCCGAGCGCGUAAUAACGCUCCCGUUAUUCAGAGAGAAUAAUUUGCGCUGUUUGGUAUCGCGCAACUCCGCCGAGUACAUUAAAAGAAGAUUAAGAGAAGAUUUUCACUUCACGCAAGAUUUGAAGAGGUACCAGAAAUUUACUCUAACAGCGUGAGCCCUGGCCCUGAAAAUGGCUCACUAGUAGCACCAGGGAUGCCGGACCAUGACAGUGAGUCCUUUCUAAACCGACAGACCAAAAGAAGACGAGUAGAUAUUGGUGUAAAAAGAACCGUGGGCUCGACCUCUACGCUGACAACAGCAGCUUCUGCAGACAUCUUUACCAUUCAUUCAGGAAAAUCCGCUGCCAUCCUAGGGGCCAUGAACGCCCAUCAUAGCGGGGAGCAGGACCUGCUGGACUGUCAAGGGACCCAGCUCAGGCACGGUGACUCCAGUGAGACCAAAUCAAAUGUGCUUCGAAAGCUGCUUAAGAGAGCUAAUUCUUAUGAAGAUGCAAUGAUGUCCUUUCCUGGUGCAACCAUCAUUUCUCAGUUACUAAAGAAUAACAUGGUAAAAAAUGGAGGUGGACCAGGAGGAGAACCGGGGUUCCCUAGUAGCGCUCUCUCCAGCAAUGGGUCUGAAGUGCCCCAGGAGGACGCCUGCAGUAACUCAUCCCAGGAGAGUCCUCAAGAGUGUCUGUCACCCUUUGGCCGCCCAACUUUGGGUCACUUUGACAUUGAGCGACUCAAUGACGAGCAUCUCCGGGCCAAGCGGGCUCGUGUAGAGAACAUCAUUCGUGGAAUGAGCCAUUCACCCAAUGUAAUGAUGUCAUCGAACUCCAGCUCAAGAGAACGAGAGCGGGAUGGUGAAGGAGAAUCUGAAGGUCCCCAACAACCAUCCAGCCCACGAGAGGGCUACCGCGAGAACAAGCGCAAACAGAAACUUCCCCAACAGCAGCAGAAUUUCCAGCAUCUGGUUUCUGUGCGCAAGGAGCAGAAGGUGGAGGAACGCAGGCAGCUUAAGCUGCAGCUUGAGGACAUGCAGAAACAGCUGCGACAACUGCAAGAAAAGUUCUUCCAGAUUUAUGAUAGCACUGAUUCAGAAGGGAAUGAUCCAGAACAUGACGGAGGCAACCUUUCUGAGGACAGUGGACGCUCUGAUGCUGGGCUCAUGGAUGGAGACAUUGAUGAGCCCAUGCGGGAUUCUGCUGCUGAGCGUUCUGAUAAUGAGAUGGACUUGGAUCCGGGACAUUUUUUGGAUCGGGCAAGGGCAUUGCUAAGAGAACAAGCCAUGCUGGAUGGCGAGAAGCCCAAAAGGGAGGGCUUACAGAGGGGCAAAGGUCCAAAUUCUAUGCAAACAGAAGGCAAGCAACUAGCAGAGACUCUUAAGCAGGAACUGAACUCUGCCAUGUCUCAGGUGGUGGACACAGUAGUGAAGGUCUUUGCAAAACCUCCACGGCCUCUCCCGCAGGUUUUCCCACCACUUCCUGCACCUCAUGCUCGUUUCAGCAUUAACGGGGACAACCCUAAUUUUCACACAGCUAAUCAGCGUCUGCAAUGCUUUGGCGAUGUCAUCAUCCCGAGUCCACAUGAGUCAUUCGGUGGAGUCCCACUCCCCAGUGCCAACGAUCAGACAGAGGCGCUUCCUUUAGUUGUGCGAAAGUCUGCAGUCGAACACCACCAGUCAUCAGCAGUGGGUGCUCAUGGAGCCCACCACCAUCCCUCCCUUCAUCCCUCUUCCCUCUCCGCCAACAUGGGCUUCAGUCCACCAUCCUUCCGCCACCCCUUUCCCCUUCCACUAAUGGGGUAUCCUUUUCAGGGUCCACUUGGUGCCCCUUCAUUAGGGUACCCAGGCAAAGACAGAGGCUCACCUGAUUCCAUGGACCUCUCACGAGAGACCACCAGCUUACGGACCAAGAUGGCAUCCAUCCACCAUAUGGGGCACACACGGUCCUGCUCGCCAACCCACACAGGGAGCACGGCAGAGAGCUUGUCUCUUUCGCUCAUCAAGUCUGAGUGUGGAGACCUCCAGGACAUGUCUGACAUCUCACAAUACCCAGGAAGUGCAAUUCAGGAAGGGCUUUCCCCAAACCACCUGAAGAAGGCCAAGCUCAUGUUCUUCUACACCCGAUACCCCAGCUCCAACAUGCUGAAGAUGUUCUUCUCUGAUGUCAAGUUUAACAGGUGUAUCACGUCUCAGCUGAUCAAGUGGUUCAGUAAUUUUCGAGAGUUCUACUACAUCCAGAUGGAAAAGUUCGCCCGGCAGGCCAUAAACGAUGGUGUAACGGGGACCGAAGAGAUCACAGUUAGCAGAGACUCAGAGCUUUUCAGGGCUCUCAACAUGCACUACAACAAAGCCAACGACUUUGAGGUUCCUGAUCGUUUCUUGGAGGUUUCUCAGAUAACACUGCGGGAAUUCUUCAACGCCAUCGUGGCCGGGAAGGACGUAGACCCCUCCUGGAAGAAGGCGAUCUAUAAAGUCAUCUGCAAGCUGGACUCCGAGGUCCCUGAGAUCUUCAAAUCACCCAACUGUCUGCAAGAGCUCCUACAUGAGUAAUCAUUUCCCCCAUCCAAAACUAUACCUGAUCAGAUCAUUUGAGUUUCACUGUUUGGGGGUUUUAAAUGAAAUGUUUUCUUCUCUUUCUUUUUUUUAUGUAUGACAUAUGAAGUAGCAUUCCUAAACUUCUUUUCUCUUUCCCUGGGGUGAUCUAGUUGUUGAAUUGAAUAUAAUUUCUUUUGUUUUUAAUUCUACUUAUUAUUUUUUUUCAUGUUGCAUAUUUGAGAAGACUGACUUUUGAGUGUCCACUCUGGAAUUAUGGGCAAUUCUUAUAAAAAAAAAACUGAACUGAAAGCCAAACAACUCAGUGAACUGGUAUGACUGAUGAUUUGGGCUUUUUGAAGUGUGUAUUUCUCUGGAGAUGAGGCCAUUUGCAUUUAUAGGGUGUAAAGAAUUACUAUUAUUUCUAUUAUAAUUAUUGUUAUUUUAUUACUGUUGGUGUUAUCGUUGUUGUUGUUCCUGCUUGGGUAAGACUGGCACUUGGAGUUUUUUUUCUUUCCUUUUUUUGUUGGAUUGUUUCAUGAUGAGAUUGCAAAAAAAUAAAUUAUUAUUCCAAAAUGUAAAUCUCUAUAUGCAAAACUAUAUUACAGACUCUAAGCCCUGAUGGACUUUACAUUAGAAUAGCUUUCAUUCAGUCCUCUCUCUGAUGUUUGGUUUAUAUGGGUCCAACAUUUGACUGACAGGUUAAUGCACCAAUCAGAGCCGUUUUAGGCGUUGCAACCCUGCAUUUUUGUUACAUAGCAGUUUUAUUUUAGUUUUGAUGUUCUAGUUUGCACAAAGGAACAUUUUCAAUACCGCUACUGCAAUUCUUCUACAGCACCUAGUGUUACCAACACACACACACACACACACACACACACACACACACACACACACACUGUCUUGCUUAGUCAGAUGCUGCGUGUGCUUGGCACUUGUUCAGUUAAAGAUGCAUCUUUUUGCGUGUGGAACGACAGCGAGGUCGUGUCCUCGAGGCCGAGUUUCUGGAUGGCUCCACCACAAAUAUAACACUAGAUGCACAUUUCAAAUCGGUCACUGUGCAGCAACAUUCAAAAAUUCUAAAUCCCUUCAACUUCUCAUUCCACAGAAAGCAUUCUGAACCUUCGAGGACAUCUGUAUGAGUCUGUAUGAUUCUGAAUGAUGUACAUGUAAGUGUGUGUAUGAGCGUUUUAUGCAGUUAAAGAAGAGUGUGUAUUUUUCCUUUACUGAGAGACUGAUUUUUGAUUUUUAUUUCUUUUUUUGCUGUGUGGUAAUUAGCUCAGUAUUUUUACGGUGUUUUCUUGAAUACGACUUGCUAUGAGAUGAAAGUCACCAUGUUUGAAGAGGACACAAUACAAUAUAAAUUCAAAUCCUUGCAUACAAGUUUCUCUUUUAUCCUGGAUGUUAUGAUUUGAAAGUUUGUACUGUAUGGAUAUGAAUUUUAAAAAAUGCACUUACCAUUUGUUCAGUGGAAGCAAUGACAUUGGAUUUUAUUUAAUAAAGAUUACGAAUAUAAUUGCAA